UACCGAAUUCUAUAAUAUUCUGGUCUUGGUUUUCGGCUCUCGCUGCAGGGAAGGUUUGAAUACCGCAACCCUAGAAAACCCGACUCUACCCGAAGAGGCCAACUCUUGUUAGAUACAUUUCAAACUUGCUACACCCAUCCCAAGGUAAAAAACGCUGGCUGUGGCCUUCCACAGCCAUACGUUCGGAGAUUUUUGUGUGUGCUACAGCUACUUUUGACGGGAUCUCGGCACCUGGAUGCAAUUGCAGGAGCUACCUGCAGGCCAUCAUCGGCUAGUAUUUCAAGCCUCGGGGAUUAAAUUCCUACACCAUCACCAUUAUCACCAUGAGUUUCUUAAACUGGGGAUUUAGAGCAAACGUACAGGUCCACAAUGGCGUCUCCGCCGAGUUGCCCUUGAAGUCAGGCUCGAGCGGCAAGUUUUCCAGCUUCGUCGACUCGUUGAACUUCCCAUCCAAGUUGUGGUUGAACCCAUUGCUCUUCAACGGAGUGCUCCAGACAUUGUACUACACCUCAGCAGGGUCUAAGGUUAAGGUGUUCUAUGGCAGAGAGCUCUUCACGUACGCGGACGAGGGUAUCUGCUCGUUGGACUGGGUGAUUCCUGCCGAGCCCAAGGACGAGUUUAACGACAAAUACAAGGCCACCUUACCGGAAGGAAGCCCCAGAUUACAUCCUAACACCCGUUUUUUCAGCGACAAGGAAUUGUUGCAAAGAAAGGAAGCCUUGGCCAAGUCCACAGCCCCUAUUGUGGUGAUUCUCCAUGGACUUGCUGGCGGAAGCCACGAGCCUCUUAUCCGUCACCUCACAAGCAUCAUCAACCCCGACUGGGACACGGUGGUGUUGAACAACCGUGGGUGCUGCCGUACCAAGAUCACCACUGGCAGUCUCUACACUGCCUUGGCCACUGGCGACAUUGGCGAGGUGUUGACCGAUUUGCACGAAAAGUACCCCGAGCGUCCCAUCUAUGCGGUAGGAUUCUCGUUCGGAGCCAUCAUGUUGGCUAACUACUUGGGAGAGGGCACCGAUAUCGUCAAGGCUGCCUGUGUGGUUGGCUGUGGCUGGGACUUGGUGGACAGUUCCUACCACAUGGAUAGCUCCUGGUCAGGAAGAUACAUGUUUGGACCGGCCCUCACCUCGUUUUUGAACAAGUUGGUGCAGAACAACUUCGGCGAGCUCAGCUCCCACAACCCUGAGGUUUUUAACAAAGAGCAGCUCGCAGAAGGCAAGGGGUUGAAGAAGACCUGGCAGUUCGAUCAACUUUUCACCCGCAAGUUGGUGGGAUUUGAUUCGGCUUUCGAAUACUACCGGGAAGCCUCUCCUGCUCGCAAUCUUCCUAAGAUCAGAACUCCCACCUUAGCCCUCAACUCGACUGACGACCCUUGUGUCAGUGUCAGGCUCCCAGUGUUGGAAGCCAAGGCCAACCCCUACGUGUCACUUGUGGAGACCGACUUGGGAGGUCAUUUAGCAUGGGCCCAGAGCGGAGGCCGUUUCUGGGGUGCUGAGAUGGUCCAGAAGUAUUUCGAGGGUUUUGAAAACACCUUUGCUUAGGGGCAGUUUAGGCUAGAAAUAGAUGGAUAGUGAAUGAGCCUAGAGGAUAGAUUAGAAAUAGAUGGAUAGAACCAUUCAUUGGAUAGUUUAGAAACAGUAAAAAUAUACAACUAGUGGAUAGUUUAGAAACGUAGAU